AUGUUGCGUUCAAGCCAAAUGAAUGACUUUGGACAGCAAGGUAACAGUUGGCAUAUUGGUGUCAUAGAGUAUUAUGAAUUUGAAGCGCCGUGUCAAGCCAAUGGCAACACAGCCCAAGCAGUUCCCAUGAUGUUCCCACUUGAUCAAAUUCUUGAUACCGGGAAUAAACAAGACGGACUCUGUGUGUUGUUGAUGAUAGAAGCAAUGAUGAAAAUUGUCACAGUGCAGUUCCACUUUGUCGAGAGAAUUAUAUUGGCUAGUGACAAUGCCAAUUGUUAUCACACGGUUGCUGGGACUCAUGUGGAUCGGCACUAUAUUUGCACCCAAAAGGACGAUACGCUCACAAAGAACAAAGCUUGUACGCCUACAGAACUCGCCAACGCAUUAUGUACCAAUGGCAGGAUCAAAUACUCUGGUGAAGCUGCAAAAGAAUACUUUGCUAGAGCUAAUGAAAUCCGUUUUUUUUCGGAUCUUGAUGGGCUUGCCAAUUGGUCCAGGCUUGAUUUGAACAAUGAAUCCACCUGGAGCUCAGUGCAACCCUUAGUACAAGUCAUCAAUUACUCCGGCAUAUCCGAAGGCAUGGUUUUUAGAGCUGAUUUCUCAGGCUGGAAGAAUGGCAAAGGCUCUUUCACCCCUGUUGUUGAUCCUUCCCAAGAGCCAGAUUGGUACGAUAAAAUGGAAAUGUCCAUUAUAGCCUUGAAUAAAAUUCAGAGAGCCAAGGAUUAUAUUGAUGCUUGCAAAGUUGGGAGAUCAGUAAUUGCUCGAUUGAAUGCUCAUAUUCAGUUGGCGAAAGUUGGAAAAGAAGUCAUGAAGCAAGCCAUGUUCGAAGUUACAAGCGGGCAUAAGACCAUCAACAACUAG